AUGGCGACAGAAACAAUAACGUUGUACGAUUCAGAAAAAGAUUCACUCCUAGAUGUAAAAGUAUCACCAGAAGAUGCUGGGCGUGCAGAAAGAGAUAUAUCUUUUGCUACAAAGCUUUUAAAAACUGCUCUACAACAACAGUCAUCAGAAUCUUGCAUAUCUGAAGAUAGUUCUAUGGUUGAUGUUUCCCACCAUGGUUCUAUGAUAGAAGAUCAGGAUGGAGAACAUAUAGCGGACACAACUGAUCCUGAUGAAAGUCUUACUGAAGCAACUGAAGAAGAGUUACUUGCCAAAGGAUAUAAUGUCACGGGACAACAAUGUGCUUCAAAACUGAGAAGCUCAAAAAAAACUUAUGAGGCAACUAAAGACCAUGAUAAUAAGUCUGGCAAUGAUAGACGUAACUGGCAGUUUUUUGAAAUAAUGAAUGAAAUUUUCUCUGGAAAAGCAUGGAGUAAUCCUGUUGCCAUUGCUUCUUCGACGGGUCUCUCUAUUCAAACCAACACUUUGAACAGUGUUGAGGGGUCAGAUAGUGGAUGUUCAACAAACCAAUCAUCCACAUCUGAACAGACCAUUGCAUCAUUAUUUGCGAAGAGAUUGAAACAGAAGGAAGAACAUGAAAGAAACAAGGCUGACCGACAUAAAGAAAAAAUGUAA